GUGAACUCGAAAGGUCUUAGCUUUGCAAUUUAGGGGUUUUUGUUUGCCAAACUGCUUAACGGAAGAUACGUUUUGCUGUUCUCAAUUCGCUUUCACAAUGUUGCUUCAAUCACAAGUUGUGGAAGCUCUGCUCUACUCUUUUUGGGACAUGAGCAUGUGACUGUGUGAAUCUUCUUCUUCAGGAGCCCUUAAGUCUUUAUUUGAGACUUAAAAAAGCAAAAACUCUGGAGAAGACUCUUGUCUCUGUUGGGUUUAGUCAUGGUGAUCAUUUUCCUAUUGGUGGUCUUCUUUCUUGGUUCAUCUCUGAGCCAACCUACACUCACAUGUCAUCCUACCGACUUAUCUGCGCUCAGGGAGUUCGCAGGAGCGUUGAAGAACAGGUCUGUUACUGAAUCUUUGUUUAAUCAUUCAAGUUGUUGUGAGUGGGGUGGUGUUGUUUGUGAUGUUUCUGGUCGAGUUACAAAGCUGGUUCUGUCUGAAAAGGGUUUGGAAGGUGUGGUUUCUGGUUCUUUAGGAGAGUUGAGUGAGCUGAGGUUACUUGAUCUCUCUCAUAAUCACCUGAGAGGCGAACUACCUUCAGAGAUCUCCAAGUUGCAGCAGCUUCAAGUUCUUGACUUGAGCCAUAAUAUGCUGACAGGGAAUCUAUCCAAACUUGGAGUGUUUCCUCGUCUUGUGAUGCUUAACGUAAGCAACAACUUGUUGGAAGGUGAGAUUCAUCCUCAGCUAUGUACUACAUCUGGUGAGCUUCAGGUUCUUGAUUUAUCGGUGAAUCGUUUGGUGGGGAAUCUUGAUGGAUUGUACAACUGCAGCAAAUCUACUCAGCUAUCAGUCUCUAGAAACUACUUAACCGGAGAGUUAAGCGAGAAGCUGAGUAACCUCACCGCUCUCAAGUCUUUCUUGAUAUCAGAGAACCGGUUCUCUGGUGUGAUACCAAAUGUGUUUGGUAAUCUCACUCACCUUGAGCACCUUGAUGUUAGCUCCAACAAGUUUUCAGGAAAGUUUCCUACAAGCUUAUCUCAAUGCUCGAAACUUAUGGUUCUUGAUCUUAGGAACAACUCGUUAACCGGUUCUGUUGAUCUUAACUUCACUGGAUUGCAAAUUCUCUGCGUUCUUGAUCUUGCCAGUAAUCAUUUCUCCGGACAUCUUCCUGACUCUCUUGGCCAUUGUCCCAAGAUGAAGAUCUUGAGUUUGGCGAAAAACGAGUUCACCGGCAAGAUCCCUGACACGUUCAAGAACCUGAAGUCUCUUUUGUUUCUGUCCUUAUCCAACAACAGCUUUGUGGAUUUGUCAGAGGCUAUGAAUGUGCUGCAGCAUUGCAGAAACCUCUCCACGCUUAUCCUCUCAAAGAACUUCAUGCAGGAGGAAGUGCCAAGAGAUGUCACUGGCUUCAACAACCUCACCAUCUUAUCUCUCGGAAACUGCGGUCUUAGAGGUGACAUUCCGAGCUGGCUUUUGAGUUGCAAGAAGCUGCAAGUUCUUGAUCUUUCUUGGAACCACUUCUACGGAACUAUCCCUAACUGGAUUGGUCAGAUGGAGAGUCUUUUCUACAUAGACUUCUCUAACAACACGUUAACCGGAGAGAUCCCUGUAGCCUUAACCGAGCUCAAGAGCCUGAUCCAUCUAAACUGCACUGACUCUCAAAUGAUAGACUCUUCAGGGAUACCUCUCUACGUAAAGAGAAACAAGAGCACUCACGGUCUUCCUUAUAACCAAGUCUCAAGAUUCCCUCCAUCUAUCUAUUUAAACAAUAAUAGACUCAACGGGACGAUCUUGUCUGAGAUAGGACGGUUGAAGGAGCUUCACAUGCUGGAUUUGAGCAGGAACAACUUCACCGGGACAAUACCUGACACCAUCUCUGGUCUUGAUAACCUGGAGCUUCUUGACUUGUCUUACAAUCAUCUCCACGGUUCAAUUCCUCUGUCUUUUCAAAGCCUCACUUUCUUGUCGAGGUUCAGCGUUGCUUAUAACCGUCUCACCGGCGCUAUACCAUCAGGUGGGCAGUUCUACAGCUUCCCUCACUCAAGCUUUGAAGGAAACUUAGGACUCUGUCGCGCCAUUGACUCUCCUUGCGAUGUUAUGAUGAGUAAUAUCUUGACACCUAAAGGCUCUUCUCGUAGUAACAGAAAGUUUGGGAGAAGCAGUAUUGUUGUACUUACCAUAAGCCUCGCCGUGGGGAUCACUCUUCUUCUCUCAGUCAUUCUACUAAGAAUCUCAAGAAAAGAAGCUGAUGAUCGUGUCAAUGACGUUGAUGAAGAGAUGAUCAGCGAGGUUCAUAAAGCUCCCAUGUCGUCAAAGAUUGUGCUAUUCCACAGCUGUGGAUGCAAAGACCUGAGUGUAGCGGAUCUGCUCAAGUCUACAAACAGUUUCAGUCAAGCCAACAUCAUAGGAUGCGGAGGGUUUGGUCUUGUCUACAAGGCCAAUCUACCUGAUGGCUCAAAAGCAGCGGUGAAGAGGCUUUCUGGUGACUGUGGUCAGAUGGAACGUGAGUUCCAAGCAGAAGUUGAAGCAUUGUCACGAGCAGAACACAAGAAUCUCGUCUCUCUUCAAGGCUACUGCAAGCACGGGAGCGAUAGGUUACUUAUCUACUCCUUUAUGGAGAAUGGGAGCUUGGACUAUUGGCUCCACGAGCGUGUAGAUGUGAAUACCUCUCUCAAAUGGGACGUGAGGUUGAAGAUAGCUCUAGGAGCGGCGCGUGGGCUUGCUUACUUGCAUAAAGACUCUGAACCUAAUGUUAUCCACAGAGAUGUGAAGUCUUCCAACAUUCUCUUAGACGACAAUUUUGAAGCUCAUCUUGCGGAUUUCGGGUUAGCUAGAUUGCUUAGGCCUUACGAUACUCACGUGACAACUGAUUUGGUGGGGACAUUAGGUUAUAUACCUCCAGAGUAUAGCCAGUCUUUGAUAGCAACGUGUAGAGGAGACGUUUACAGUUUCGGUGUAGUGCUUUUGGAGCUUGUUACGGGUCGUAGACCAGUGGAAGUGUGUAAAGGGAAGAGCUGUAGAGAUUUGGUGUCUAGGGUGUUUCAGAUGAAGGCUGAGAAGCGUGAAGCUGAGCUUAUUGAUGCAACGAUACGAGGAGAUGUGGAGGAGAAAGAGGUUUUGGAGAUGUUGGAGAUUGCAUGCAAAUGCAUUGAUCAUGACCCUAGAAGGAGACCGUUGAUUGAAGAGGUUGUUGCUUGGCUUGAAGAUAUUCCAGUAGAUUCUGUUAAACAACAGUGUUAA